AGGCUGUAUUCCUAGAACACGGCUUGUAGCCUGACUCAAGCUAUUACAGUCUAACAACAGGGACCAAUAGAAAGAGAAGAAGAUCCAAGAAAGCUGAGGCAAACACCAUGAUUCUAAAAGUCUAUACAAGCCUUUUGCUCUUAUUCUUGGUCAAUUCUGUGUGGACUCGAACUGUGAGACAAGUUUAUGAUGAUCUGGAUCCUGGCCACUGGUCCCACUAUACUUCUGAGUGCCCUCAGGAGUGCUUUUGUCCUCCUAGUUUCCCCAAUGCAUUAUACUGUGAUAACAAAGGACUUAAAGAAAUACCUCCAAUUCCAGCCAGAAUUUGGUACCUCUAUCUUCAAAACAAUCAAAUUGAAACAAUUUCAGAGAAGCCUUUUGCCAAUGCCACUCAUCUGAGGUGGAUAAAUCUGAACAAGAAUAAGAUCACCAACAGUGGGAUUGAGAGUGGUGUGCUGAGCAAGCUGAAAAGGCUGCUCUACUUAUUCCUUGAAGAUAACGAAUUGGAAGAGGUGCCUGCCCCGCUACCAGUGGGUCUGGAGCAGCUAAGACUAGCUAGAAACAAAAUCUCCAAAAUCCCAGAAGGAGUCUUCAGCCACUUGGAAAACCUCACUAUGUUAGACCUGCACCAGAACAGUUUGUUGGACAGCGCUCUUCAAAGUGACACUUUCCAAGGACUCAACAACCUUAUGCAGCUCAACAUAGCAAAAAAUUCACUCAAGAAAAUGCCUUUAAGCAUUCCAGCUAAUACACUGCAGCUGUUUUUGGACAACAACUCCAUCGAAGUUAUACCAGAAAACUACUUCAGUGCAAUACCCAAAGUGACUUUCCUUAGGCUGAACUACAAUAAGCUAUCUGAUGAUGGAAUCCCUUCCAAUGGGUUUAAUGUUUCAUCUAUUCUAGACCUACAGCUGUCUCACAAUCAGCUCACUAAAAUUCCACCAAUCAAUGCUCACCUUGAGCAUCUUCAUCUUGAUCACAACAAAAUCAAAAGUGUCAAUGGCACUCAGAUAUGUCCAGUUUCCAUUGCCCUAGAGGAAGAUUAUGGUUAUUAUGGGAACAUCCCUCGCCUCCGAUACCUUCGUCUGGAUGGAAAUGAAAUUCAGCCUCCAAUCCCACUGGACAUCAUGAUUUGUUUCCGACUACUUCAAGCUGUUGUCAUAUAAAGAUAUUGCAGUGCCACUCUUGUACCGUGAGAGUGCUAAGAUACAAGUUUUGCUGGAAUGAAACUUGUUCUAACUCCAAUCAAGAAGUAACAGCUUUAUUUGACUUUAAUUUUUUUCUUUGCUUGUAUCUUUUCUACAACUCAAAAGGUUGUUCAUUCAGAAGGGAUUUUGUAUGGACCUGAAACAUGUGCUUAACACCUUAUCCUAUAAAUUCGUAAUGUGAAUAUAUUGAAAAUCAUUGGUGUAAGAUACCAAGUAUUCCAAAGAAAACCUUUACUUACUCCAUCUUUCUUGUCAAAUGUGGCAAUGUCUACCCUGCUAACAUAAUUCCUAUAGACAGGUUAUGGGUCCUAAUUUUGUUAUAUAGUAACUAACACAAUGAAUUUGGGUGCACUUGGCCAAAUACAUAUGCUAAUAAAAUGAUGAGCUGCAUGAUUACUAGUUAUCAGAACUGCCACUGACAUUUCAGAUAGUGACUCGUGGUGAACAACCACUUGACAUGCAAAUAACCCAUAAAUUGCUGCCAUCCUUUGAAGAUUAAUACUUUUAAGGUGAAAAGUACAUGAGGCUUAGCAUCCAAAAAGUAUACUGAAUAUAUAUCAUUGUAGGGAUUCAUUCAGUGAAUUUCAGAACUGGAAAAAACUGCUUCAACUCAAAUCCAGGGAUAAGAGAACAUGAGAUAUGAUCCUGUUCUCUCAAGCCCCAGUUUUCUGCUUUUUUAUUCCAUUUCUAGUUUUGACACCAUUUCUUUCUGCAACUUUGGGAUCAUCAUUGAAUAUUUGGUUAAUUUUAGUUUGCAGAGAGUUACAACCAAGAAUAGUAAUGAUUACAUGGACUAGAUACUUGAGAAAAAUUUGAAUGGCUAGUUAACGCAAUGGUGAUGAAGAGAAAAUUAAGAAAUUCAGAGAUACAUCCCCUCCCAAUUAUUUACUGAACUAGGAGAGCACUUGUGUAGGAACUGUAUCAUUUAAGCAAAUACAAUCAACUCAGAGCAGUAUUCAGCUAUCUGCUAACUCACAUACAUGAAAACAAUAAUACUGAUUUUAGAGAAGUCCAGAUUAUUAGAACACAAACAUUGACAAUUCACUAACAAGGGAGAUAUCAAAAGGUAAAUUUUAAUGAAAUAUGGCUGAUUUUAUAAAAUCUAGUUGAUUUUUUUCUAUUUUAUAACAUUGGCUUUCAAUAAAUGAUUUGAAUAUUGGAGUCAACUAUACACUGACAGAGUAUGACAUUCUUAUUUCUGCUAACCAGCACAGCAGACUAUCCAUCAGUCAUUAUUUCAGUCUUCUUGCAUUUCUAGAUAGAAGUAAUUAGUUGCAUCUAUUGCUGACAUUUUAAGACUGGCCUCAGUAGCAAGCAUUUAAAGACUAUGCACAUGGUAUAAUUUUUGCUUUGCAGAUUAGGUAUUUUCUUAAAAGUAGAUUUUUCAAAGUGUUGAGAACAGUCAUUUCUGACAAUCAAACCUUUUUAUCUGAAAAUCAGUCCUUAUUCUGAUCCAGAGAACUUGUGGAAAUAACCUAGUGUAGAAACCCAGCAUAGGAAUAACCCAUUCAGAAAUCUGAUCACUAAAUCACUUAUUUUUGCUGUUCUUUUUAUGAGCUUGCUGAGAAACUCCUAUCCUUCUAACAAAAGUAUUUUCUGUACCUCUGUGUUCACCCUAUAUGAAAAAAUACAGAUUUAAAAAGUCUUUACAAUAUGUAUGCAUGUUUAGAUAUGUUCUUACUCAAUAAUAGCACAGUAAUUUAUUUUUGGAAAAAUAAUUAUGUGACAAUACUACUAAUUAAAUUAUAACAAUAAUUAUGUUCUUGUACUUGGAAAUUAACUUCUACUUUAAACAAAGAGCAAAUACAGGUACUUCAAAGUGAAUAUUCACAGGCAUAUACACAUUUAUUAAUCUUAUUUACAGUUCCAAUAGUACAGAAAGGAUCUUGAAGAUCCAGUAAAAAUCACCCUUUUAGGUACCAUAUAAACAUUGAAGAAAAGACAAAACCUUCCCAGAGAGAUGUUAAGCUUAAAUAUAGCAAAGGUUGAUAUGCAAAAUCAUAAAGGGAUGCUAGAGCAUCAAGGUAUUCCAUUUGCUGGAUAGGGGCAUUAUGUGAUGGAAUCAAGAGCACAAGAUGUGAUGAAAUAAUUUUUAACAGUAAUUUUCACCAGCUGUACUGCUAUUUUUCCAAUGCAGUGUAAUGUGGAAAUCCUUAUAAAUCAGUCCUUCAAAUAGUCAGUACUAUGCCAUGCAACAAUUCUAGAACACAUGCAGAUUGACACUCAAGAUUUGCUACUGUCAAAUCCCAGUUAAUCUGAGAGAAGUGAAAAUUCGUGAGCCAACCUGGACAAACGUCUGUUGGGCUGAAGAGCUGCUGCUGCCAAGUGCUCUAUAUUCUGCACCUUCUACACUGCAAUGCACUGACUCCAUGUCUGGGAAUUACUUAAUAAAGAGAAAAUCUUAAGUAUUCUCA